CACUUACGAAUAUCUGCCAGCAAGAUUCGCGUUUAAGUUCACUUCAGCGAAGAACAGUCGAGGACAUCAUGAGGCUAAUCGUCGGUAUCUCUCUGGUCCUGUGCUUGGUCUUCUUGGUCGAUAGGGCGGAAGCGAACACGUCGAUCAUGGAGGUAAUGAACCGGAUCGGUGGACUGGACGGCAUUGUCGCGGCCCUAAACGUAAUAGUCACUGUAUGCAUGAAAAUGAUGCAGGCGUUCGAAACCAUGAUCAGAAACGGCAUGAACGUCAUUCAGGCUUUUCCCGAGGUGAUGCGACUACUACCGCAGAUGCUACCGGGAUGCAACGUCCUGGUAACGUCGUCGCCUGGAGUUCCGUUGGCUGGCUGCUGAGUCUGACGCGGAGAGCUUAGUGUCCGGGUUUGCCCAGGAGAGUGAGCACAAUUUUAUUUUAGUUUUAAGAGAGGUGUUUGCGAAAUUGGAAUAGAAAAUAUGUUGCAUUUUUUUUUUUUUAUUUCACUCGAUUUUAUUAUGCGAUUUUUAUUGUUCUUCUACUUUCAUACUUCGACUUCGUUAUUAUGAUAGACACAAUAACGAGAUCAUAACUAUGUCGAAUAUCUCUGUAUG